AUGAAUGAUAAAAGCAUAAAUCUUGGAAAACGAAAAGCAUUUGAUGUUGUUGAUGCUAAUAUGGAAAAAAGAAUGCUUCAUCCUCAAAAAUUGGAGCAACAAAAUUACGAGACGUUCAAUAAGGCAUAUCUUAAAUCAAAACAACUUGUAACAGAAGGUGUUUCAAUAGAUGAAAUAUCAAGUAAUAACGACGAACAGAGGAAGCGGAUAGCAAUGGAAAAAUACCGUAUGGGUAUUGAGUAUUUUGAGAAAGCUUUGAAAAUAUCACCAGAUAAAGUAUAUCCUGAGAAACGAAGCGAAGUUAUAACGCAUCGUGAAGCAAUGAAACGAAAUUUAGAAGCAACAAAGGGAAGACUUAGUGAUCUGGAAAAAAUGUUCCCAUCGAAAGGAAAUCGAAAUCUACAGCAUAGACCUGUUCAGUUUGUGUCACCUUCAAUUAGUAAACCACAAACUGCCCAACUAUCCAGUAGGCCAAUCAGCUCCGAAAAGAAAAACAUCAAUUAUUCAAAUGCUCGUACUCGGAGCAAUCUCCUAAAAGGCGUCGAUGACAAAUUUGGUGGUCCGCUGCUAAAUGAAAUUUUGAAUCAAGAUGACGUAAAGAUGAGCGACAUUAUAGGCGCUGAAACAGCCAAACGUGCCCUGGAAGAAACAGUUAUUUUACCGACUGUUAAUCCAUCCUUAUUUUCUGGUCUUCGUCAACCUGCGCAGGGAAUUUUACUAUUUGGUCCGCCAGGAAACGGCAAAACAUUACUGGCUCGUGCUGUAGCUGGAGAAUGUGGUUCAACGAUGUUCCUGAAUGUUUCAGCAGCUUCACUAACUUCAAAAUGGGUUGGUGAUGCUGAAAAAAUUGUCCGCGCUUUAUUUCAAAUUGCUCGUAAUGGGCAACCAACAAUCAUAUUCAUCGAUGAAAUUGACUCCAUUUUGUGUGAACGUAAUGAGAAGGAAACUGAGGUUUCAAGACGUAUGAAAACGGAAUUUCUAAUUCAAAUGGAUGGUAUGUUAUCGUCAAAAGAUGAUCGUUUACUGGUGAUUGGUGCAACAAAUCGCCCUGAAGAGCUCGAUUCAGCCAUUCUACGCCGAUUUCCAAAACGAAUUCUCAUUGAUGUACCAAAUGCAGCAGCACGCCUUAAACUAAUCAUGUCAUUGCUCGAGAAAACGAAAACUUCAUUUGACCUCGGUCUUACACAAAGGCAAAUCCUUGCAGAAUGGACGCAUGGAUACUCCAAUUCGGACUUGGUUGCUCUUUGUCGUGAAGCUGCGAUGGUGCCAAUUCGUGACCUAUCACGUAAGGAUAUAAAAAAUUUAGUCAGUACGGAACUUCGGCCGAUAACACUACGUGAUUUUGAGAUUGCAAUGAAAGCUAUCAAACCUUCAACAAAUGAACGGAUGUUGCAGAAGUUACGGAAAUAUGCAGCAACAGCUGGGCAGUCUGACUGA